CGUGUUGUCUGGACAUCACCGAGCCUCGACAUCGAAGACGGUUUGAGCAUAUAUGAAGCUGUUCUGCAGUGAAUAUUCUGUCCUUGCAGGAUCCCUCUUCCGCGAACAACGCGCUGCUGCUUGAUUGACAUCAGAACAAUUCAACAGUCGUAUCCAUUCGAUGACCAAAGCACAAGAGGAUCCCAUCAAUAUGGCUCACGCACGAAGCACAAUCAACCGUCUUCCAGACGAAGUUCUUGAGCUCAUAUUCAUACACGCAACCGCGUACACCGAGGAGGAUUACGAUCUUCACCCGUUUUGGGUCAGCAAGCACCUGGCCAGCGUCGCCAACAAAACCAAAACCAACCUCUCUCUCGUGAGCCGCAAGUGGAACAGGAUAGUGUCCUCCCAUCUCUAUCGCGACGUGCAGAUUCAUUGGCGUUCCUACCCCAAGAGCCAGGACAGUUCUAGCGUGCAAUUGCGGCGGUUCGCCUCUCGGCUGCUAGAGAGUACACUUUCUGGCUUGCUGCCAUCGCAGCGGACACGCACCUUCACCUUCUAUCACGACACGAGUUUGCAGCUGGAGAACCAGGUCCUCGACUGGCCCGCGCUGGCCCGCGCAGGGACGGACCUCUGCUUCAUUCUGUCGCACGUCACGCUGUCGCGGUUCGCCACCAACCUCGACCCGAUCAUACCGUGGCUAUCAAUCCUCUCCUGCAAAAGCGCCUACUCGCUGACUCACCUGGACGUGGCCAUCCCUCCGGGCGGCGUGUCGCCGACAUUCGUCCGGCAGCUCAAUCGGUUCGUGAACCUCGUCUGGCUGCGCAUUAGCGACGUCGCGGACCAGGCGCGCAACGGCGGCGACGUCGCCGAAGCGCUCGACGACCUCCCCGUGCUCUCGCUGCCGCGCCUGCAGGACCUGCAGCUCCGGUGUGCGAUGCUCACGGACGACGUCCACCCAGACGGUGGGAUCCCGUUCCACAUCGGCCGGUACGCCAUCCUCCCGUCGCUCGACAAGCUCUCCAUCGAGGCCGGCUUCCUAUGGCGCGACGACGUCGCGACCUGGGUGCUCGAGAGGCUCGGCUCGUCGAUCCGUGAGCUACACCUGGAGGCCUACUGCGACUGCGCGCUCGACAAUCUUCAGGCGCUCGCUCCCAACCUCGUCCAUCUGACGUGCAUCGUCUCCGAGGAGCACGCGAGGGAGGCCUCGGCAGAAAUCGACCGCAACUUGAACCAUGCCCUGCUGCGGCAGCUCGACGUCUCUGGGCGGGGGUACUACAGACCCAUGUUGAAGAACAUCGCCCCGGAGCGGGUGCCGAACCUCGCGUGCGUGCGCUUCGUCGACAUCAAGUGGAGGGAUCUGCCGAUGGUGGAUUGGGAUAUGGAAGAGGAACAUGACGGGAUGGGGUACUUUUACGACAUCGACUGCGCGGCUGAGCUCGCGCUCAAGGGCAUCUUGGUCCUCGACCGAGAGGGACAGGCAUUCGGGGGUUUAAACAAACUUGAAGCCAGUAAACGGCUGCUCGAGUGACAUGAACCGGCGAAUAGCGAAGACCCCUAAACAAGGGUGUCGAUGCAUUCGCGACGAGGAUAUGUCACUUAUGCCUGCGCAGGAUGCAGAGCGGUCCGUCGUCAAACUAGCCUUUCUCGACUUCGCGCAAGGUCAGAGCAGGAAGAACCAUUACUGCGCUGAUAUGGAGUGAAGAGAGGAACCAGUGGCAAUUGUCGUGCCUUCCGAGUUCGAAUCGCUAUGCAUGGAGCACAGGCUGACAAGUGGAGGCGGCUGAUGCCUUUCGGCCUUUCGGUCUUCGGCAUGAUAGAGCGCUCACAAUGCGGGACGGCAAAGCGUAGCAGAUGAUAGUGUUGGCGAUGAUAGUAGUUUUCUGAAACUUGAAAUUAUCUGAUAAGGACUCUAACGUUUCAUCUGGUUUGGCCUCCAUGCCGUGUAUGAUUAUCAAGUCACCAGAUACA